AAAAACUAAGAAUUGUCUUCACAAAACAAAAACUACAAAUACAAUAAUGUCAGGACAAAAAUACCAGCUUGUUUCUCUGCUAUUAAUAAUCUGCCUUCUUUUCUCUCAAUCAACUGCAAGUGGCUGUAAUUUCAAAGGCUCUUGUAGAACUGAUGACCAGUGCAAACGCAUAUGCAGAGGCCAUGGGCUAGAUCCAAGCUUUCAACUGUGUGUUCCUUAUUCUUCAAAGGGAGGCAAAUGUUGUUGUUUACAUUAUGAAGGGGCUCCAUUAUCAAGCGAAGUAAUAUAGUUUUUCUUUUCUAUAAUGUUACAACCAUAUAUUUGUAUCAUCAUAUUGUAAUACGA